AUGAUACCGCUGGUGUAUACUCAGGUCGUCAUUAUUGCUGUGUACAGUUACUUCAUGUGCCAAAUAUUUGCUUGUCAAUUUUUGGAGCAACGACCUGGCAGCGAUACGCACAAAAUUGAUCUCUAUGUGCCAAUCUUCAGUAUAUUUUCAUUUCUCUUCCUGAUGGGAUGGUUAAAGGUGAGUGACCCGACUAAUCAAUCAAAUGUCUCCUGUAUUCCAUAG